GCCAGUGUUUUGUUUUAAACGGAGAUCCUUUACUUAAGCAGGGUAUUUAACAUGUUGUUAUUCACCAGACUUGCAGUGCCGCUGAGGACCCUUCAAAAGCUGACCAAGGCACACAGAUGGCAUCAUACGAGUUUGACAAAUGAACUAAUUGAAAACAUGGACAAAAAAGCAACAUGGGACAGAUUCUACACAGAGAAUGGAAGCAAAGGCCAAUUCAAAAAUUUUGAGUGGUUCUUUGGAUUUGACUCAGUGAAGGACUUCAUUCUUCCUGUACUUCAGAGCAGGUCUCAUUCCCACACUGGCCAAUUGAACAUCCUGGACAUGGGUUGCGGCACAUCUGCAUUAGGACCUUGUAUCUACAGAAACUCUCCAUGUGCUGUGAAGGUCAUCUGUGCUGAUAUCUCUACAGUUGCAGUUAAACUUAUGCAGAAGCACAGUAAUUCUACAUUGGUACAGCCAUGCAAUCUAUCCUCGGCUCUUGCCUUCCUGGAGUUGGACUGCACACAGUUGAGAGGAUACUUUGACGCCAGAAGCCUGGAUUUGAUAUUAGACAAGGGUACCACAGAUGCUUUAGUUAGGUCUAAAGAAGGUCAAGUUAAGGCUGGACAGAUAGUGAAGCAAUGUUUACAGGUGCUGAAGCCCUCAGGGAGUCUCCUACAGUUCUCAGAUGAGGAUCCUGAUGCCAGGCUUGUAUGGCUUGAGAGAGAAGUUAGAGGAGCAGAACUGGCAGCUGAUGUAGGAGUUCAAGAGGUGGGAAAGUUGAGAGGGGUCAGCUAUUUUUGCUAUCAGAUUUCUCCUCAUACUUCUGAAAGGGUUUCCAAGUGACAAUACAGUCUUUGUACAAAAAUAUUGAACACUGAGAGCAUAAUCUUUCUUUUUUUUUCUUGCACAAUGUAAUUGCCUGAUCAAAAACCCAUUUAUAUUGUAUUGUUUCCUGGUCAUCUGAUGCAAACAAUUACACUAUAACAAUUUUUCAUACUUUUGUAAUAAAAAAAAAAUCUUUGAGAUUUUGAAAAAUCUUUCAGAAUUAAAAAUAAUUUUUUGUCCUGUGGGCUAAUUUUUUCCAUCAGGGGCAAAUCAGUUCCAACUAGGUGUUUAAUUGCCUCUGCAACAAUGCCUCAUUUUAUGACCACACCCAAUGAGAUCUGCAAGUACGUGGUCUCUCUCGUGUAUACAGAGUCUCAUGACCAAGUUGUUCACUAGCCAAUAGGGGGCAGAAGCUGAAUUAACACCUUAUAAACAAAUAAUCAGACGUUUAGUACAAUAUUGCAUUAAUAUAAUAGAUUAAGAUACUGAUUGUUUGAGAAAAAUAAAAUCUGUUUGUACCUCUAUAAGAGGGUUCCCUUUCAAAGCUUUGGUAACCUGCUGUUAAGUGGGGAGGUAUACUGUCACUGUAGAACUGUGAACCAAAGCCACUGAACUGUCACAUCAUUUGGCCUUUCACAGGAAAUCUAAUAUCCAUGUCAUGUUUUGUCCAUAUUAACCGCCACCAUGGGAGCAAUAUCUCACUUUUCUUCACAAAUGCUCUUAAAAGACUUGACUAAUGCUCAGAGUUUAACUAGAAAUUCAUAGGACACAAAUAUUUAGUAAUGUUGCAUAUUAUUUUACAUUUAGAUGGUCCUCACUACAGAACACAAGAUCCAGGGGGCAUGGUUGG